UCUGUCUUCCUCUCCUGCUAACUAACAGUUAGCCAUGGAUACAUUCAGGUUUCUAAUUCUGCUCCUAUGGAUGUGUGUCUGCAGGGCGGGAGGACAGGCACAGCAUGGCCUGCCGAGAACACAAAGAGAGGGAGUAGAGCUGACCUCCUGUGACUUUAACCAGGACAGUGCACCAUUCUGCAGGUUCACUCAGGACAGCACAGACAACGGCGAUUGGACCCGACAAAGAGGUCCAACCCCAACCCUCAACACUGGCCCCAAUGGAGACUACCCUUACGGAGAGGGCUUCUACAUCUACCAUGAGAGUGACAAUGUGGCUAAUGGACAGAAAGUUCGUCUUCUGAGCCCCGCCCUCUCAUCUUCCGCCACUCAGAUCUGUGUCCAGUUCCGAUACUACAUGUACGGCUCAGACAAUACAAAUGUGUUCAGAGUUCUGGCCAAGAGGCCUGGCGCUGAGGAGGAAGUAUGGAAAAAGACAGGAUUCCAGAGUCCAUCUUGGCUGAAGGGCUCCGUCACUGUGUCCAAAUCCAGCAGUGAAAGCGUCAAUAUUGUGUUUGAGGCUCAGAGAGGCCUCAGUGAUUCCUGUGACACAGCUCUGGACAACAUUGUCAUCACUGAAGGAGCAUGUCCCUCUUGUGUUUAUGGCUGUGAGUUUGACACUCUUGGUGAGAUAUGUUCGUGGAUGACCAACACUGUGAAUCCUGAUAUAUUUGGCUUUGAACAGUGGGUUGGGCCAACUGACACUGAAGGCAGCGGCCCAAAUGAUGACUUCUCCAAACCUGGAUUCGGUGCCUACAUGUUGAUGGAUGGUGUAUAUUCUCUCCCUGGAGCUAAGUCAGAGAUCCUAAGUCCUGUAAUAUCUUCCCCUGGAUGCCUUGACCUCACCUUCCACUACGUCCUGUAUGGCACCAGCACGACCAUGGAGAUCAGUGUCCACACUAAAACCCCAGGUGGAAGCCUUGGACCUGCUCUCUUCACUGUCAGGGGGAACCAGGGUCAAAGCUGGAAGCCUGCAGAGGUCCGGUACUUGGGAUCUGCUGCCAUUGAGUUUGUGAUUGUGGGAACGUAUGGAGAAACUAUUCAGACGGACAUUGCUGUUGAUGCUGUGUGUGUCACGGUCUGCAAAGCUCCACCAACAACUCCUAAACCACCAGUAACAACUCCGGGACCUACCACACCCAAACCAACAACUCCUGGUCCAACCACACCCAAACCAACAACUCCUGGUCCAACCACACCCAAACCAUCAACUCCUGGUCCAACCACACCUAAACCAACAACUCCAGGACCUACCACACCUAAACCAACAACUCCAGGACCUACCACACCCAAGCCAACAACUCCUGGACCUACCACACCCAAGCCAACAACUCCUGGACCUACCACACCCAAACCAACAAUUCCUGGUCCAACCACACCCAAACCAACAACUCCUGGACCUACCACACCCAAGCCAACAACUCCUGGACCUACCACACCCAAGCCAACAACUCCUGGACCUACCACACCCAAACCAACAACUCCUGGACCUACCACACCCAAACCAACAAUUCCUGGUCCAACCACACCCAAACCAACAACUCCUGGACCUACCACACCCAAGCCAACAACUCCUGGACCUACCACACCCAAACCAACAACUCCUGGACCUACCACACCCAAACCAACCACUCCUGGUCCAACCACACCCAAACCAACCACUCCAGGACCUACCACACCCAAACCAACAACUCCAGGACCAACCACACCCAAACCAACAACUCCUGUUCCAACCACACCAAAGCCAACAACUCCCGGCCCAUCUACACCCAAACCAACAACUCCUGUUCCAACCACACCUAAGCCAACAACUCCCGGCCCAUCUACACCCAAACCAACAACUCCUGUUCCAACCACACCUAAGCCAACAACUCCCGGCCCAUCUACACCCAAACCAACAACUCCCGGUCCAACCACACCCAAACCAACCACUCCUGGGCCAACCACACCUAAGCCAAUCACUCCCGGGCCAACCACACCUAAACCAACAACUCCUAAACCAACAACACCAGAACCAAACCCAUGCCCUCCUGAUGCAGAGUAUAUAGAAUGUGGUCCAGCUUGUAUCCCAACCUGUAAGGAACCCUCCACCAACUGUUCUGGAUCUUGUAUCAGUGGCUGCUUCUGCAAACCAGGGUUUGUCUUCAAGGGUCGACGCUGUGUGCCACUAGAAAAAUGUGGCUGUCUUGAUGACGAGAAUAACUAUUACGAGCCUGGAGAAAUUAUAUUUGGAGAUGGCUGCUCAAAGCUGUGUCACUGUGCAGGAAACUACACACUAGAAUGUGUUGAUAACUCAUGUGAACCCACUGAAGAGUGUCGUGAGGUUAAUGGAGGUUCAGGCUGCUAUCCUAAAGGUACAUCCACGUGCAUAGCAUCUGGUGAUCCGCACUACACCACCUUUGACAAACGCAAGUACAACUUCAUGGGAAACUGCAGCUAUUUAAUGACUGGACCCUGCAAUGACACCACCCUGCCACACUUUGAGGUCCAUGCAGACAAUGAAAAUCGCUUUAACAGGCCCACCAUCUCCUAUCUGAAAGCUGUCCAUGUAUAUGUACGCAUGGUGAAGAUCUCCAUUCUCAAAGGUGGCACUGUACAGGUAAAUGGGACCAAUGUAAAUCUGGCAGUGAGUCCAGCCCCAGGUGUCUCUGUGUUCAAGUCAGGGAAGUUCUACACUGUGUCCAUGGACUUUGGCGUGACAGUUCGUUAUGAUGGAAACCACUUCAUGGAUAUCAAAGUGAUCAAAGACUAUGAAGACAAGCUGUGUGGACUGUGUGGAGAUUACGACGGGAAUGCCAAAGAUGACUUCCGUAAACCAGAUGGAUCAUUGACCAACAACCCCAAUGACUUUGGACACAGCUGGAACACUGAUCCAGAGUGUAAUAAGAAACCCAACACCACCAUCCCCGACUGUGAGGUUGGAGAGCAGGAAAUGUACGAGAGCUCAGGAUACUGUGGUAUCUUGCUGGACAAAAAGGGUCCCUUCGCUGUGUGCCACCGCAAAGUCAACCCAAAUAAUUACUUCAGGGACUGUGUGUUCGACUUGUGUGAGCUGGAUGGAGCCAAGCCCAUCCUCUGUGAAGCCAUCGAAGCCUACGUCAACGAGUGCCAGGAUCGCGGGGUAAACAUCGGACCCUGGAGGAACGAAACCUUCUGCCCUCUGAGCUGCCAACCCAACAGCCACUAUGAGCCGUGUGCAAACCCCUGCCAGGAGACGUGUUUGGGGAAACCUUCCUCCUGCGGCGGGCCCUGCUCCGAGGGCUGUGUGUGCGAUCCUGGAUAUGUCCUGAGUGCCGGAAAGUGCGUGAAGAAGAGUUUGUGUGGCUGCAAUUACAACGGACAGUAUUAUGAGUCUGGAGACGAGUUUUAUGUGGAGGAUUGUCAGCUGAAGUGUAGGUGUAACGCACCUUUCGUGACCUGUUCGCCGUUCGAUUGCCCCCCAAUGCAUGAGUGUAAACUCCAGGAGGGAGAGCUGGGCUGCUAUCCCACCAGCUCUCAGGACUGUGUGGUGUCCGGAGAUCCUCACUACAACACGUUUGACAAGAAGUUCUACACCUUCAUGGGAACAUGUACCUACACUCUAGCCAGGACCUGCAAGAACAACACAGGUCCUUGGUUCUCAGUGGAGGGGAAGAACGAGGAGAGAGGCGUGUCCGGUGUGUCCUACCUGAGAAAACUCUACGUCACUGUCAAUGGAGUCACUGUGACCCUGAUGAAGUCCAGGAGAACGCUGGUGAACGGACUGCGAGUGGCCCUCCCUAACUCCCCCUCCCCUUUCAUCACCAUCAGUCUGGCGGGUCAGUACAUCACCCUGAAGACGCCCUUCGGCCUCAGGGUGCGCUGGGAUGGAAACCAUUACGCCCAGAUCUCAGUUCCCAGCUCCUACUAUGACCAGAUGUGUGGCCUCUGUGGAGACUACGAUGGGAAACCAGACAAUGACUUCACCAAACCAGAUGGCGUUCUGGUAGGAAAUGUCAAUGACUUUGGGAACAGUUGGCAGACGGAAGAGGAUGAAGAUGACACGUGUACCCCGGGUACCAAGCCGGACCCAGACUGUGACCCAAAACUGGAGGCUGAGGUGGUGAAACCGGAGAAAUGUGGCAAAAUCAAAGACCCUGCAGGACCCUUCAGGGAGUGUAUCAGCAAGGUGGACCCCACUCCGUUCUUCCAGAGCUGUGUGUACGACAUGUGUCGGUUCAAUGGCCAGCAGCAUGUUCUGUGUGACCAGCUCCAGGCCUACACUGACGUCUGCCAGAGCGCCGGGGCCAAAGUCCACCAGUGGAGGACUCCAACCUUCUGCCCCCUGGCCUGCCCCCCCAACAGCUCCUACUCUCUGUGUGUGAGCUCCUGUCCCGAGACCUGCCUGGGUGUGGGGGGGUCUCCCGGCUGUCAGGACGUGUGUGUGGAGGGCUGCGAGUGUAACCCGGGCUACAUCCUCAGCAACGACAAGUGUGUGUCCCUGAAAGACUGCGGCUGUGUGGACCCCAGCGGAAACUAUCACCCUGUGAAUGAUAACUGGUACCUGGAGGGUUGUGAGCAGAAGUGUGUGUGUCACAGUGGAGGUUCGAUCCAGUGUCAAAACACCAGCUGUAAACCAUCCACUGAGAGCUGCCAGCUGCACGAGGGAGAAUAUGACUGCCGUCCUCUGGGAAGUGGUAUCUGCUCCGUGUCUGGUGAUCCCCACUACACCACCUUUGACAAACGCACCCACAAUUACAUGGGGGCCUGCUCCUACACCCUGUCCAAACCCUGCAACGAGUCCUCGGGCAUGCCCUACUUCUCUGUGGACACCCAAAACGAGCACAGAGGGAGCAGUAAGAAGAUUUCCUACGUCAGGGCCGUGGUGAUCAACGUGAACGAAAUGACCUUCAUCUUCGGGAAGGGCCGCACAGUCCAGGUGAAUGGAACAGCGGUCGUUCCACCUGUUUCCACAAUCAGAGGAGUUAAGAUCUACUUGAGUGGCAAGUUCGUCGUCCUGGAGACAGACUUCGGCCUGAGGGUGCGCUUCGAUGGUAACCACCACGCUGACGUCACCCUGCCAACCUCCUACAACGGCCUGCUCUGUGGCAUGUGUGGAAAUUUCAAUGGAGACUCCAAAGAUGACAACCUAAAACCAGACAAUAAGCCGGCUGCUAACACCAACGAGCUGGGAGACAGCUGGCAGGUUCCUGACCCUCGACCUGACUGUACCAAUGGUGGAGAACAGGAGGACUGUGAUGACAAGGUGGAGGCAGAGGCUCAGAAGCCCACCAGCUGCGGCAUGAUCACAGAUCCAAACGGUAUCUUUAAGCCCUGCCACUCCGUGGUGUCCCCCGGUCCAUACUUUGAGAACUGUGUGUACGACAUGUGUGGCACUGGAGGUCAGACCGUGGCCCUGUGCCAGGCCAUCGAGAGCUACGCCGACAUGUGCGCCUCCGCAGGAGUCCCCAUCGCAUGGAGGAAUAACACCUUCUGUCCCCUGAAGUGCCCCCCCGGCAGUCAGUACGACCCAUGUGGCCCCGCCUGCUCCCAGCCCAGCUGUCAGGACCCUGCAAGCCCCGGCUCCUGUAACUACCCCUGUGUGGAGGGCUGCGUCUGCAACCCCGGCCUCGUCCUCAGCGGAGACAAAUGUGUCCCGAUCAGCGAGUGUGGAUGCACUGAUGAAGACGGGAAGUACAGGCCGGUUGGAGACGCCUGGUUCUCAGAGACGGACUGCUCGGAGCGCUGUAAGUGUAACGGAAACAACAACAUCACCUGCGAGCCCUGGCAGUGCAGCCCCGCUCAGGAGUGUAAGGUCGUAGAAGGAGUACUGGACUGCCACUCUACAGGAAAAGGAGUGUGUCACGUGGCUGGAGACCCUCACUACUACACCUUUGAUGGUGUGAUGCACACGUACAUGGGCACCUGCACUUACACACUUGUGGAGGUUUGUGACUCGACCAGGGUAACUCCCUUCAAGAUCGUGGCUAAAAACGAGGAGCGUGGCCAACCAGAGGCCUCCUAUGUUCGCUCUGUCAAAGUCUACCUGCCUUUUGACAACGUGGUUGAACUGCAGAAGAGCCGCAGAGUGACGCUGAAUGGCCGGAGGGUGCGAACACCACUUUCCAUCGACGCGGUCGGAACCAAGGUGAUAAGCAGCGGGUCCUACAGUCUGCUGGACACAAACUUCGGUCUACAGGUGAAGUUUGACGGAGUCCAUCACCUAGAGAUCACUGUUCCCGGAGAAUACUACAACAAGCUGUGUGGCAUGUGUGGCAACUACAACCACAACUCCACUGAUGACAACCUGAUGCCCAACAAGAAACCAGCCAAGGAUGUGAUUGAACUGGGCAACAGCUGGAAGUCAGAUGGAGACAGUGAUUCCGGCUGUCAGCCAGACACUCGCCCAGACAUCCACCCUAACUGCACCACAGAAGAAGAGACGCUGUACGAGGCUCAGUGUGGCAACGUCAUCCUCUCCGACCGAUUCCAGCCCUGCCACUCACUGGUGCCCCCCGAGGCCUUCCUGGGUAACUGCAUCUACGACAUGUGCGAGUACAACGGCAUGCAGGCCACGCUCUGCGACAACGUGGAGGCCUACGCCGCGGCCUGCCAGAGUGCCGGGGUCACCAUCAGCUGGAGGAACAACACCUUCUGUCCCGUGCCGUGCCCUCCUAACAGCCACUACUCAGACUGCACCGCCCCCUGCCCCCCCACCUGCUCAGACCUCUUCCCCAUGUCCUGCCACCUCCCCCCCACCUCCUGUGUGGAGGGCUGUCAGUGUGAUGCCGGAUACGUCCUCAGUGACACCAAGUGUGUUCCUCUGGACAAAUGUGGCUGUCUGGGCUCCGAUGGAGAGUACCACGAUGUUGGAGACUCUUGGCUGACGGAAAAAUGUACUGACAUGUGUACCUGUGACCUCGGUGGCAAAAUCACAUGCAAGGCACAAACCUGCAAUUCCAACUCAGUGUGUGCUCUGGACAAAUAUGGAGACGUCUACUGCAAACCCACCAAGUUCGACAAGUGCAGCAUCUCUGGGGACCCUCACUUCCGAACAUUUGACAGCUUCACCCAUCACUUCCAAGGGCCCUACACCUACGUCCUGGCUCAGGGCUACAACCUGCAGAACUCGAUGGCUCCCCUGGUGGUGAGGGGGAAGAACAUCAGGCGUGGGGGGAACAGAAGGAUUUCCUUCCUAGAUCAGAUGUACAUCGACGUUUACGGCGUCAACGUUCGCUUCCUGCAGAAGAAGACCGUCCUGGUGAAUGGUGAGCGUGUUGCCCCUCCUCUCAGUCCAGUCGAUGGUCUGACCAUCACCAUGAACUCCAGGCAGGUCCAGCUCACCACUGACUUCGGACUCACUGUACGCUUUGACGGCAACAUUCGUGGAGAGAUCAUUCUGCCCAACACCUAUAAGAACUCCGUCAGAGGGCUGUGCGGAAACUACGACGGAUUCACCAGGAACGAGUACAUGAAGCCGGACGGAUCAGUGGUCAGGGACCUGAACAAUUUCGGAGAGAGCUGGAGGGUCAGUGACCGACAGGCGGAGGGAGUGAAGAUCUCCAACCUUCCUCAGACAGUCCACAUCCACAGGCGAGAGGUGGAGACUGAUCCAGACUCAGGGUUUGAGACAUCGGACUGCUCUAAGGCUCAGCUCGAUAACUACAACAGUGCGACUCAGUGUGGAGCGCUGUCUGACUCUAAGGGCCCGUUUGCUGUCUGCCAUGCCGCCCUGCCACCUAAAAGCUACCAGGAUGACUGUGUGUUCGACCUGUGUGCGGAGGAGGGCAGUGCGGCGCUGCGCUGUGCCAGUUACGAGGCGUACAUAGCAACCUGUCAGGAGGCCGGAGUCAAGCUGGGCUCCUGGAGGCAGCAGCUGGGCUGUGCCCUCUCCUGUGACGCCAACAGCUCCUACACCACCUGUAUGUCCCCUUGCCCCGCCUCCUGCGCCGAUCUGGCAGCACCCUCUGAGUGUGACACCACUUCCUGUGUGGAGGGGUGCCAGUGUGCCGCGGGCUUCGUCAUGAGCGAGGGGAUCUGUGUGCCGUACACACAGUGCGGCUGCACCUUCCUCAACAGAUACUACACUCUGGGGGAGAAGUUUGUGACUGAGGACUGCUCUGAGACCUGUGAAUGCACCAGCACAGGCGCCGUGUGCCAGGCCAAGGCCUGCCAGGGCGGGUACCUCUGCACCAUCUUCGACUUCAAACGGGACUGCUUCAGAGCGAGUCCCUGUCUGGAUUACCCCUGUCUGAACGGAGGAGCGUGUAAGGAGGCCAGCAACAGCACCUACACCUGUCUGUGUGCGGACGGAUUCCAGGGAACAAACUGCGAGGUGGAGAUCACAGAAACCGGAGGAGGACUGGAAACCAAGUGGAUUAUCCUGAUCGCAGUCCUGGCAUCAGUCGCCGUCAUCGCAAUUGUGACCGCCAUUGUGUGCGUUUGCAGACGGAAAUCCAAGUCGUUUGUUUAUGUAAUUCAGAGAAAGCAGUCGUCUCUAUGGGGGAGCAAGGGGAAAAAACUAAGCCUGACAUCAGCAAGUGUCCCAUAUGCAAACAUAGAUGAACCAAAGACUGAAAAAGUGACUGCGUUGUGAGCUGUUUACCUGAAUCUAACAAACACCUGCUAUAUGAGACCAAAUGUGUUCUGAAGAUAAUUCAGCAGCAAGGAGGAAUACAACUGAGAAAUGAAGGAAGUGUUGUGAAUAUUAUAGAUAUUGUUCAUGUGUUUUGCUGUAUUAACUUAUGCUUUAAAGAAUAUCAUUUUAGUCAGAUGUGUACGUUUAAUUUACAGAAAAAUGUGCCUUUAAGUGUAAUGUCUUUUUUUGAAUGAAA